UCGUGGGGGGGCAAAAUUGUGGGGGGGGGCACUUGGGGGUAACUUGCCCCGGGGCCUUUGAACUCAUAAUCCGUCCCCGCCACCACGUAAAUAAAUCUAAGACUCUUGAUGAAUCUGUGGAAUAAGUAUGGCUCAGAUCUUGACAGUAAAGAGAUUACACGUAGUUCUGUGGAAAGUGUGACAGGAAAAGUGUUUGGCAGUGCUGUACACACAAAGAAAAGUACUGACAUUAAGUUUGCUGAAUGUCAGCAUUCAAUUACUGAGGCCUCUGAACUAUACAGGAGGAAAUUCCCCACCUUUUGAGGUUCAUUUAACUUCUGUUUAAACCACAAUGUACAUCAAAAGCAUUUUGACUUAGGUCAAAGGACUUUUGUUUGUUUUAGUUUUUUUAAGUUUCGUUCUUUCUACUGUAUAUUUCCAUGUGUACAACAUACAAUAAUGGUAAAAAGCAUCUAUGAUUUUAGCCAGCUAACUGGAAACGAAUUUUCUGUUGGAAAUGUAAAGAGUCCGUUUGUUUUUUCAAACAAGAAAAGGGAAGCGUUAUUUUUUCGUGUCCAUAGCAACCAGUGAACACAUGCUGGCUGCAGCGCGGGCUUCCUGUAGUCAAGGCUUUUGGAAUUUGGAUGUGACAAAGUACCAAACAGGUGACUAAAUAAGAAUAGCGAAGUUCUCCAUAAAGUUUUGUCAUGUAGAUUGCUACGAUAGGCUACUGUAAUUGUCUCGAGUUAGGUUACUAUUAUUUUUAUAUGGGAGUGAACUAGCAUUUAUAGAAAACGUUGAAUUCCGUCAUUGAGGCGUUGUUUAUAUGCUACAAACGCGGUAAAAAUAUCCCAACUUUAAGAGUUUAACUUAACAUUUUCUCGAUGUUAACGUGUUUUCUGUUGUGUCUUAUCGUCGUUCACUCAUGGGGUCUGCGUAUAGAGUUUCAGUAAGCUCGUAUUCGUCACCUGGUCAGAGUGAGGCCUUUCUUUAACCAAACAGUCGCAUUUUUACCGAUGUUUAAAAUAAUGCCACACUAUUAUUCGACGAGGACAGCAUAUUUCUGACGUCACAGAAAAUGUUUUACGAAUUUAAGUCAAGAGCGUGGACUGUUCUCCCUCACAGACCCCAUUGGUGAGUAAAAUAUUGAAUUAUGACCAAAUCUGUACCAGUUUAUAAAUGUAUAUAAAUUAAAGUGUUGAAUUGUGUGUAUCUCAGUUUAUAUAAUAUUAUUUUAAUGAUAUUUGGCAUUCAUUUAAACAUUUAACUGUCUAAUCUUAAUUAUGUACUUUUACUUAAAGUUGUUCGACGACCUUUGUGGAGGAAAUUUUAUCCGAAUGUGAAUAGCAUCACAGAGAAAAGAGAUGAAUGGCAUCCAUCAAGAAGCUGCUAAACUGUGCCGAGAGGGCGACAAAAUAUUGUUUUCUGGUGAUCCUGGAAAAGCUGCAGCUCUGUACACCCAUGCUUUCCGAAACCAUGCCGGAUCGGCUGUGGCACACAUGCGUGGUCUCGACCCAUGCCGUUUGGAGGAGGUGAUCUCGAUGUUGGAAGCCUGGCUUGAUGUAGUUUCCCCUAACUCAAUUGAGGGCCUUAGCAAAGGUCUUGUGGCUGUAUUUCUGUCCACAUUAUGCCCCAAUAAUAUUUCUGCUUCUGUUUUUAAAAUGGAGUCUGUCCUGCAGGGAGCAGGUCAUGGCUCGGAUGAGAUCUUUGCUCGGUGCUCCACUCUUUUAGAGGGAAAACAAAUGGCCAGACCAGGAGGCCAAACACGGUUAGUUCUGGAGCUCACAAGAGCACUGGCCUGCUUGCUUUCAGAUCUGCAAAAUCCCGAAGGUCCUCAGCUCUAUCUGCAGGCCUUUCAUGGAAAUAAAUCAGAAACCAUUAGACUUGUUAAAGAAAGGCAAAAGCAGCAUGUGCCUGUAAUAAUUAAAGCUUUUUACCAGCAAAUGUCGCAGAAAUAUUGUAUUUUCAGUGAUAAGCACCAAUUGUUAAGUUCACUAGAAAGUGAACAUAUUGAUCCCUAUGAAGCGGUUGAGUUUUUGCUUGCCGUUUCACCAGAUGACAUCCAAAUAAGAGAGCUUCAAGCAGCAGUUUUGUUUUCAUCAGAAAGGUUUGCGGAAAGCGUGGAUGCUUUGACCCUGGCUCUUCAACUGGAUGAACCUCAAACCAAGACGAACACAUGUAAUGGCUAUCUGGAGCAUCCGAUGUCACCAGAGAAAAGAGCUUGUUUAAUGGUGGGCCGAGCAGCCGCCCAUUUCUCAGCAGGCGGGCGAGCAGAUGAAGUCUGCAAAGACCUCAGUGAUGCUUUUGGACUUCACCCAGCUACCGCGAGACAGCAGUUCCAAAGCCUUUUCUCUGACAGUGACAUAGGGUUGGCAGCUUGCAUCCGACUACGUCAACAGGCAGAGAAAGGUGUGUCAGAAUUCAGAGAAGCUGUUCUUACAAGGCCCGACCUGCGCUUGACCAAAGGAGUGGAGUUGUUGGAUCCCGUCAUUGCACAGUUGCGAACACUCUGUCACUUAGAGUCGGCUGGAGGAGGUAGGGAACUGCGCGUACGUUUGGCAGAUUGUCUCCUUAUGCGUGGGGAACAUAGAGAAGCCCUUUCCAUAAGCAGCCAGCUAGCUGCCGCAGCCCCGACCCAGCAAAGCUACCAGAACACGGUGCAAGUCCUCCGAGGGUUUUCCCAUCUCUUCACCGAUGACCAAAAAAGCGCUCUGGAGGAUUUCCAGGCCGUAAUUGAGCACAAUGCUCCUCAUCCCCCCAGCUGCGUGCGUGCACUAUGUGGUAGGGGUAUCCUCCGUAUGAUGGGCGGCUCACAUUACCUGACUGCUCUGGAUUAUAUCACAGCGAGCCGGUUACAGCUGCAGGACACGGCUUUAACCGUGAGGUGCCUGGUACCGUGGAAUUACCGUGGUUUGCUGUGCACCGUGUUGCUGGAACAGGGGCGAGCUAUGCUUGAGGGAACCGGCGAGCAGGAAGCUGACACAGAUCCCAGAACACAACAGGAACAGGAACACGAGCACAACAACAACAAUCGAAGGAUUGCAGUUGGUGUGCACGCUCUCGCGCUUCUUCUAACUGAGCUGCAACCUGGUGCAGAUGGACCUCAGAUUCUCACAGCAGAUGCUUUGUACCAGCUGGGUCGGGUUGAGGAGGCUUACCGGCUUCUUCUCAACAUUGAGCGCACAGCUCCGCGGCCUCCUGUUCUCGCCCGCCUCGCAAUACUGCAGCUGCAUCGCGGCUUCCUUUACGAUGCCUAUCAGCUUUUGAAAAAACUUAUUCAUUCUGGAGACACUAGCUGUCUGCGCCCACUUCUUUCUGUAACAUCUACGCAAGACCGAGCCCUUUUGGAAAAUCAUUGUCACACUGCCUCAAAACGUAUUCUGUGUGGCCAACAAGCAGAAACUGCCAUAAGGGAAGCUGUGGCCUAUUUGUCCAUCGCCAUUAUGGCCUCAGUCUAUUCCUUAGGUGGGGGAGCAGUAGAUUCACUGCUGGAGAGAGCAAGAUGUUAUGCUUUAUUGGGCCAAUGGAAGACGGCAAUCUUUGACUACACUACCAUCCUAAAGGAGCACCCAGAUCGUGUGCAGGCUUUGUGUGGCAGAGGAUUCACUUAUCUUAUGCUAAACCAGCAAAAGGAAUGCACUCAAGACAUACUGGUUGCCCUACAGUCUGAUGCGGAAGAGGUCACUCGGAGCAUGCUGUCCCUUAAAGACAAAGCCCGAAAACUCAUUAGGGAAUGGUUGGGCCAGCACUGUCGCAGCAUCCUCGCAGAGAGCCUAUUGGCCAACCCUGUACCCUGCAGGGAGGAGCAUCUUCGUGAGGCCUUUUUGAUUGGUGGAGCACUAAUGAACACUGACUGCAGGGAACCCAGGUGGCACCUCCUGUACAUAGACACACUACUUGCCCAAGGGGAGGUGAAUGCUGCAGGUGCACAUCUAAAGCAAGUGUUUGGUCAGGAGCCUAGGGAUGCCACAGCUAAAGCCAGGUGGGGUGUGGUAAAGGCCUGGCACCAGAACUACACACUGGCAGCCAACUAUCUGAGUGAGGUUGCUGAGAAAGAACCAGCAACACUGGACUUUCUGAUCGGUCUUAUGCAGAUGUCUCAAAGGAAACGAGUGGCACAGGUAGCAUCUCAGCAGGCCAGCAGUGUUUCUCAAAGCGGCCAGUGGGAACACGCUUUAGCCCUGCUGACGCUGGCAGGACGAGCAGUCAAUGAUAAGAAGCUUCGCUACCUCAGGCAGCGUGCAGCCUGUCUGGCCCACCUGGGCCUUCAUGAAAGGGCUGUGUCCGACCUGAACAAGGUCAUUGAAGGUCACAGCUAUGACAACGGCGAGGAACACCUGAUCCGGACAGAGGACCUGUGCCGCAGAGGCCGCAGUCUCCUGCUGUGUUCACGCGAAGAGUCCGGCUUACAAGACUUUUCUCAAGCCCUGGAUCUGCACGAGCAACAGGCUCUGCUGUGUGUGGAGGCUGGCCCCGGAAGACAACGGCUUGCUGAACUGUUUCUGCGCUUUGCCCUGCAGCACUUUGGAGAGCAACAGCUUGACAAGGCUUGGCUUCUGACAGAGAAUGGACUUAAAGUAGAGAGCGAUCAUGCAGAACUGCGUAGGCUGAAGGCUAGAAUCAAACGAGAGGUCUCAGGUCCAUGUACAGUCCACUAGAGAUUACACAUACUGAGAUGAUUCAUUAUGACAGCUAACGGAAAGUCCCUUGAUGAUGAUAAUUACAGCUUUGGGUUAUAGUCAAAAAAUUUAUGAUGAUUGAAUCGGCCUUUGUCAGACACGUGGGUUUAUUGUGUGUGACAUCACCGAGGCGCCAUUUUGGAGGUAUCGCUGCAUUGAGCAGUGAACCGAGAGUAUACGGAGUGGUACAGUAAAGACCAAUUAAAUCAUCAUACUGGAGAAACAGAAGCAAAGCAAGUAUACAUACGAUACCAAAAUAAUCUCAUCAAAGAUGUCAGGAACCGUAAUUUAUAUAAUUAACAACACAGAUCCAUAUACCUGGCCGCAAAUAGUCGAGUGCCCCUGUAUUGGUGCCUCCAACCUCAUUUUUGGAUAUUACUAUUUUCUUUACGAUAUAAAAACGAACAUUUACAGACAAAUACAGUACAUUGUAGACAAACACAGUACAGUACAUAUAAUUGAUUUGCACACAAUUGUAAGCAAUAUACGUUAUGUGAGUCUCUAACGUUACCAAUAAACCUUAACCUGUUUCUUUAACUUUU